GGGGCGCAUGGCCUCCAGUCUCUCCGCCCAGCGGUCGAGUGGAGGCUGAGAGCAGGUCGAGGACGAUGUCGUCGCCGGCCCACAGGGGCUCUCCGUCGGGCUUGGGUCAUCAGCCAGCGGCGCUCUGGUGGCCUGUGCUGGUGUAAAAUGCGGGCCACACUGGCAGCGCUGGUCGGCCUAGCUGAGCGCGGCUGCUCGCCUCCGCCGCUCCCGAUUCUGCCCUAGUACUAUUUUUUAAUCGCGGUGUUAUUGUUUCCAGGUCAAGAGCCCAGUUUCCUGAGCGGCUUGUUUGGACUAAAGAUGGCCGGAGAUGGCGGCGCUCUGAAGGAUAUCAAUGAGAUUAAAUCGCAGUUCCGGACCAGAGAGGGCUUCUACAAACUGCUCACCCUCUCCGACUCGCAGCAGCGGGGCGGGCUGCCACGGGGUCCCUCUGCCGGGGCCACCUUGGGCCCCGCGGCUGGAACCUGCCCGAUACCAGGCGGGGGGGUCGGGCUGCUUCAGGGCCCCGGAGCCGCCGCCUCCUCUUCAAAUGCCGCAGCCAACUCGUCUCCGGUGGGCUUCCUGCCGCCGGUGCGAGUCUCUAUGGUCAAGCUACAACCCGAAGACCCUAGCGAGGAGUCGGAGCGUGUGUGCUUCAACAUCGGCAGGGAGCUUUAUUUCUACACGUACACCAACAUCAAGAAGGCUGUGGACCUGAGCAAGCCCAUCGACAAGAGGAUCUACAAGGGCACUCAGCCCACGUGUCACGACUUCAACCAGCACUCCGCAUCGGCUGAGAGCGUGGCUCUCAUCGUGGGAUUUUCAGCCGGGCAGGUCCAGUAUCUGGACCCCAUCAAGAAGGAAACCAGUAAACUCUUCAAUGAGGAGAGGUUGAUAGACAAGUCCAAGGUGACAUGUCUAAAGUGGCUACCUAAGUCAGAGAACCUGUUUCUGGCGUCGCACGCCAGCGGCCACCUCUACCUCUACAAUGUGGAGCACCCAUGUGGCACCACGGCGCCACAGUACUCGCUGCUGCGGCAGGGCGAGGGCUUCGCCGUCUACGCCUGCAAGACCAAGACGCCGCGCAACCCGCUCCUGCGCUGGGCGGUGGGCGAGGGAGGCCUCAACGAGUUUGCUUUCUCGCCGGACGGCGUGCACGUGGCGUGUGUGGGCCAGGACGGCUGCCUGCGUGUCUUCCACUUUGACUCCAUGGAGCUGCAGGGCGUCAUGAAGAGCUACUUUGGCGGCCUGCUGUGCGUGUCGUGGAGUCCUGACGGGAAGUACCUGGCCACGGGUGGCGAGGACGACCUGGUGACCGUGUGGUCGUUUGCAGAAAGCCGCGUGGUGGCUCGGGGUCAUGGCCACAAGUCCUGGGUCAACGUGGUGGCCUUUGACCCCUUCACGACCUCCCUUGAGGAUGAGGAACCAAUGGAGCUCAGCGGCAGUGAGGAGGACCUCCACCAGGGGGUGCCAAACAACUCCAUGCACUUUGGGCGCGUGCGAACCAGCAGCACGUUGUCGCGUCUUUCCCGCCACAGCUCCAAAGGCGGGGGCUCAGCGGCGGUCACCUACAGGUUUGGUUCUGUGGGUCAGGACACUCAGUUCUGUCUGUGGGACCUGACUGAUGACGUGCUCUACCCCCGCCUGCCGCUGUCCCGAGCCUUCACUAACACUUUCGGACCCUCGCUGCCCAACUCCAGCAGCGGGGGGGUGAACAGCACGACAGGUGGGGGAGGAAGUGGAGGCGUGGAGGGCCACCAUCACCCCCCCAACACCACCAUCAGCACCUCUAACCCGCCCACGCUGCCCCUGCCCCUCCCACGCUCAUUAUCGCGAUCCAAUUCGCUGCCCCACCCCGCCGUCGCCAAUGCCUCCAAGGGCCAGGGCGCUUCAGAGGGCGGUGGCGGAGGAGGAGGGGGUGGGGGCAGCGGCGGCGGAGGGAACAGCACACCGUUCAGCAUCGGCCGCUUUGCCACGCUCUCCCUGCAGGAGCGAAAGUCGGACAAGUCGGGCAGCAGCGGCGUGGAGAAGGAGCACAAGCGCUACCACAGCCUGGGCAACAUCAGCAAGAGCAACGACAAGAUCAAUGUGGCGCCCAGGAGCAGCCGCUUGGACGCCGCCAAGGUGUUGGGCACCACGCUGUGCCCGCGCAUGCACGAGGUGCCUCUGCUGGAGCCGCUAGUGUGCAAGAAGAUCGCCCACGAGCGCCUCACCGUGCUCGUCUUCAUGGACGACUGCAUAAUCACGGCGUGCCAGGAGGGCCUCAUCUGCACAUGGGCGCGACCCGGGAAGGCGAACUUAACAGCACAGAACGGCAACUCUCCGAGUGGCACGGUGGUAUAGCUGCAACUUCAUCCCUCCUCCUCCUCCUCCUCCAUCGCCACGUUGCAGUCUGACAGCCCCUCCCAUCCCAAAUAGGGGGACAAAGCAGAGACUGGAGCACCUGACCACUGCAGUAUUACCCUCCAGAAGCCACGGCCGCUGUAUUUAAGUUAUUUAUUUUACCAUGAGACUGUGUAGUAAUUUAUACUGUAAAUAGUCAAAGUACUCUAACAGCCAGGAAGGAAGUGGACAAGUUGUACAAAGCAACACACUGAAUGUCCUUUAGGCAAGUACGUCACCGUCUUUUUAGUUCUGAGCCGCAUGGAUGGACACUGGGGUCCAAGUCAUGUGACCAGCCUGCGUGCUCACACAUACAUACAUACACACACACACACACACACACACACAGUCGCUAGCGGUGUAGCAUGGUGUGUAUCUCGCACUCAUUCGUGUUGCACCUGAAUUGCCUCUUGCAAUAAUUUGCACACACAAGCGAUCCACGGUCCAUCCAUCUGCCGCGUGCCGCCACCAGGUGGCCUAAAACAAACAAACGCCACACGUUGAGCGAUGAAACUGCAUUUAAUUUCAGCCUGUUGUGAUUUUUUUUUUUGCUUUCCAAUAAAGACAAGCCAAGCUCACCUUUGUCACCGUGCUGACAUCAUCCGCAUCUUUGUCCGACUCGGGAUCAGGGGGUCGUUCUGAUGAUAAUAGGUACUUGGGACUCUCUGCUGUUGAGUAAAUUAACACCCCUAAGUGAGCAGCACCUUCUUGUCCACUGUGAAUAAAGAAAAGGAGUUGGAAGCAUACAAUUGUCUAAAAUGUCUUGGUAUGAUGAAUAAUUAGGAUCCACUGAUGGAUUAAAUAGGACGACGUGUCCAAAGUAGAACCUGGGGGCCAUUUUCGGCCCAGGUAUUUUAUUACAUGUUACAGUUUGUUUUGCCAACUAUAACACAAAGCUUAGAUGUUGUUUUGUUCAGGAAACUUGGUAUAUAUUCACCUACUUUUGGAUUACUCUUGGCAUCUUUAAUGUACAAAAUGUAUGUGCACGUCAAAUUCGGGGGCAUCCACGGUUCAGCAGGACAAACCAGUUUCAGGACUGUUUUCCAUCCCAUCCUCAACUGUCAGCACUUGUUACAAGGAGGGUUCUCAAGUCCCAGCUGUCCUGUCAAGAGAGUCAAAAGUCAUGAGGGCUGUCGGCUGAUCCCUGUGGUGCGCGAUGAAGAGAGAUUGUGGUUUAAGAUGAUGCAGGGUGCGAGAACAUGCUGUUAAUGAAUCGAACGUCAUUAGCCGUCUUAACCAGAAGUGUUCUGGUUUAUGACCACCAGAGGGGGCCAACUCAAACAGUCAAAGCGUCUUUGUCAGUCGAACAACUGCCAAGGCGAGGGGGCGGGGCGUAAGGGCAGUGCGCUAUCAAGCGAGAGACAAACCGGAAGCUUAAUUUUAUUUUACAGAAUAAAACUAAAUAAACUCUAUUACUAAAUUUAAACGGACGAACAACAAAUGUGAGAUUUAUGUAACAAUGU